AUGACUUAUGAAGAAUACAAUACAGCUAAAGAUAAAUUAGUCUCAUUAUAUUCAAGAAUGACCAAUAAUAACAUGCGCAACUUGGACACAAAAACUGAGACUUUUGAGACAAAGGAUGUAGUGAUCGACCACCCAAAUUUUGUAUUAAAAAAUUGUGUUUGUUCGCCCAGAAAGUCAAUUCAUUUGAUUCAAAAAAUUGAUAUUUUAAACUCUGUUAAAAUUGAAAAUUACUGUGGGAGUUUAUCGAAUUUGCGCAGUGUCGUUUGUGGGACUUAUGAACUUGUGAAUUACAUUAAUCCAACACCGGGAGGCCUUAUUCUACUUGGCGCACCCAAUGUCAUAUUUAAGAAGUGUACAGAUUUGGGUUUUAUGUUGGAUAGCGCCAAUAGGUCGAUUUCAAUGUACGACUCAUCUAUAACACUUAAUUUUCAAAUUGGAAACAAAAUAGAAAUGUUGAUAAUUAAAAACACAACAAUUAACAAUUUUAGUGGUCAACAGUUUUCUGAAAAAGAUGCCGUUGUUAAGAUGGAAAUUGACAAUUCGCACAUCCCUCAAAAUUUAUAUUCUCUAUGUUCAGAAGAAUUGAUUGAGAGUAAUAUCACUGAUUUUAAAGAACAACAAAACGUUAAUGCUCAAAGAGUGAAAUGUGAACACUGCGAAAAUAUUGUUUUGAAUAUUGAAAGUGAGACUUCACAUGUUGUAUUAGAGCAAUGUAAAAAGUGUUCUGUUGCUAUAAAAGUAAAUGAAAAUGUUCAAAUUGAUAAUUGUGAAAAUAUUCAUAUUGUUGAAAACAAACAGUUAUUACCACAGAACGACCAAUAUGCUGAUCAAAAUCGAGCAUUUGGGUUUGGGCAAACACGACCUAUGUUUUUCCAAAAUCAACACACCCAAUUGUUUUUAAAUGGAUUUAAAUAA